AAAACGACUUCCAUCUAGUUUAUUUCCCUUUGCUCUCCCCAUCACACCUGAGACGCGUUGCCCUGCGAGACAGGACAGACCAUCCAAUGGCAGCUCGCCUCUCCCCUGACUCCUCCCUCUCCCUGAUUGAAGUUUCAUUAUUUCCCUCGCCGUAUUCCAUCUGGAGUCGACUUUCGCUGUCACCGACGGAAGGCGCCGCUCGCAGCUCCAGCAGAAAUGCCGUGCACUUUGUGGGUCUCGUGUUUGUGGAUUACUUUGUUAUUAAGCUGUGCGAGGGCUGCUGGCGCGAGGAGACCCGAGUCCUCAGCCUCUCUGGGCAGCCUGUUCCGCGCGAGGUGUGCCGCGAGAUGCCUUAGCCUCUAUAACACUCGCAUCUCCUCCUCUUAUAGGAUCGCGCAGGUGAAUGGCUCGCUGGGCUGGUGUCAGGACCACAAGCAGUGUGCCAAGUGUUUGGAGCCGUGCAAAGACUCCUGGGAGCUGAAGGACGGGCCGUGUCGCAAUCUGUGUGAGGGGUCGUUUCCUAGGAAGCACGGGGAGUGUGUGACAAGCUGUGAGUUUCUGCGCUCGGUGCUGGUGGAGAAGCAAGGUGACUGCCCUCUGCCCGAGCGAGCCAGCGGAUUCGCCGCCGCCUGCGUGGAGAGCUGCGAGGAGGACGGAGAGUGCUCCGCCCACAAGAAGUGCUGCUCCAAUGGCUGUGGGCACACCUGCCAGCAGCCCAAGAACCUCUACAGAGGUGCUCCUCUGAAGCCGCGUAAGGAGCUGGUGUUUGAGGAGUUGCCGCGGGGCGGACUGGAGGUGCGUUGGUCGUCGCGCUUCAAUGUGUCGGCCGAGCCCGUGGUGUACGUGCUGGAGCGCCGCUGGAACUACGGGAUCCAGCCCAGCGAGGACAGCGCUACCCCAUGGGAGGUUGUGGCACAGACCACGGAGGCGCGGGCCAGUCUGCCAGACAUGCGGCCCGGCAGGUGGUACCAGUUUAGAGUCUCUGCCAUCAACGUCCACGGAACCAGAGGACCCACCACGCCGAGCAGACACUAUCGCUCUACGAAAGACCCCGCCCCUCCCUCCACUCCUGGCGGCCUCAGAAUCGUGAACAUGACCUUUGGCCCCGACGGCGCUGUGACAGCACAGCUUGGCUGGGCUCCGCCCAUUGACCCCGACAUCCCCGUGCAUCACUACAGGGUCUCCUGGAGCUGGACCGCAAACGCAGGGUCUGAGUCACCCCCGCGAGUCAAACGCAGGAAGACCGCUACCGGGGACUCUUUGAGUGUGGAUGUGGAGGGUCUUAGGGAUGAGCGGAGCUACACUGCGGAGCUGCAGGCCCUCUCCUACUGGGGCCAGCUGCCUCUGAGGAGCCCCAAGGCCACGCUCAGCUUCAUCACGCCCAGCAAACAAGCCACAGAGCCCCCGACUGACAGGCCUGGGACCGGGAAACAGUCGUCUGACCUCAUGGAUGUGGGAACGCCGUUCUACCAGGACGGCAAGCUGCAGGUCCGAGUGUACUGGAAGAGGAGAGAUACCUCUGUGGGACGCUACCGCGUCCAGUGGACUCCGGAGUUCUGCAGCCAUAACCAGACCAGAACCACUGAGAAGAUCCACACCGAGGAGAAUUUUGCCAGUCUGCCCAACCUGCUCUUCUCGUGUAAGUACACAGUGACCAUCCAGCCCGCGGGCACCAAGGGCCGUGCCCAGGCUGAAAGCACCAGCUUCUACACCCCCUCCUGUGCCACCCUCCGUGCCAAGAGCUCCAAACACAUCCCCUGUCCUGGAGACAUAGGUCUUUCUCUCCUGAAGACGUCUGCUCGAGCUGAGAACCUGACGGCCUCGUUCUCCGUCCAGCAGGGGAACGUGACGGCCCUCUUCUCCUGGAGUGUGGCCCCGGCCCAACCCCCUAUGCAGGUCGACGGCUUCCAGGUCACAUGGACGGAGACAAUGAGUGAUAGUCGCAAGAAUGGCCUGCCCAACAGUCUGGUGUCUCAGUCGCAGAUCCUUCCCCCAGACCACAGGCUGCUGCUGGUGUCAGGGCUGCAGCCGGCCUCUCUCUACCGGCUGGAGGUCCAGGUGCUCACGUCUGCAGGGGAGGGACCCGCCACCCUCAGGACCUUCCAGACGCCCAACACGCCCAGAAGAGUGCAACCUUACCGUCUGCGUCUGAAGAAGCACCAUGCCAAGGCGGUGGUGGAGCGCCACUGAUCUCAGACCAGACCGAUGGCACUCCAGACCAGAGGAACCUGCUCUCUCACAGGACAGCAGGGGAGAGUGACCACCAAGACCCCCAAACCAGCAGAGUGGAGCGGAGUGUUGAGGAGGAGAGUACAGCUGUGCCCCCGGAGGAGAAGUGUAUCAUUCUGGUCAGCAGGAUCUCUUUAUCCCAUCCUAUCCAUUGAAUUGCCGUGUAGAACACUCCCCUCCGCACCUCUGGAAGACCCCCAGUGCUUUCAAAGAUGACUGGACUUUGAACACGAUCAAUGUAAACAAAGAAAUUUGAUUUUUUUUUUUUAGCUAAGGUGUGAUAUGCUUGAGAUGGAAUACUGAAACCCCCCCACCCCCGUCAACCUGCACCCUCAAGACUCUUAACACAUUUGUGUGUAACCCCCUCCCACACACACACACACCCCUCCCAUAUAGUUAGUGUGGAAAUUGAACAGCACUUAGCUGGCUCUUGUCACGUGAGCAAAUGCUGUGGAGAGGACUUCUUGAAGACCAGACAUUGCAUGCGACUGAGUGCUCGUCAGGGGCGUAGUGUAAAAGCGAUUGACUUGACUUGAUGUAGUUGUCCAAUGGUUGUGCAUGAUUUAACCCCACCCACCCCACCCCCCAGUGAUCUGUCGGCAUGGCAACUUACCCCGCGUGGCCCCUCCCAUUUUUGACUGAACCAUUUAUCGAAAUGAAAAAGUUUUAUAUGUGCUUAAUUUACUGUAGAAAAUAUCUGUUGCUAUGUAUUAAUGUAAUAAUUCCUGUAUAUACUAUAUGUCUAUAUUUAUUUAUGUAUGCAGUAUCAUAUUCGCUGUGGGUUUGUGACUGUUUUUAGAUGUGUCUACAUAAUGUUUGUGUGUGAAUGUACGUGCUUGUGUGAACGUCCCGUGUGUGUGUGAGAGUGUGUGUUUGCUCCCCCACCCCCACCCCACCCCUUCCCCCGACAACCUGAUGGAGUAUUUUUUCUGUAUAAAGACAGUGGCGUUGUACAUUCCCUGGUAUCUUAUGUUCUGUACAAUUUUCUACCAUUAAAGCAGUCCUAGUUCCCAUGCCCCCCAUUAUCAUGUGUCUGCUAAGUGUGUCAUUUACAGUAACAGGUCUGUGGAGCGUAUCACUGCAGUCACAUCUGAAUGGGACAACGCAUUUGUGAGGAGGAUUAGGAUAGCUGGCCACGUGCCAGCCCUCUUUCUCGGGAAAGAAAGUAAAAAACUAAUUGGAAUUUAUGGUGACAGCUGUAAUCCCCACA